AUGAACAAUGCCUUUUCACCUAAAACUACAACUGCAUUCUUUGAGGCAAUAAAAAAUGAAGAACAUAAUCGCCGUCGGCGCGUGCCGAAUGAACGAAGACGUCGUAUUGGAGUAGCCUGUUUAAACUGUAAAACGAAAAAAAUUCGUUGUGAAGGCGGCAACCCUUGCAAAGCAUGCGCUUUAAACGACUUGCAAUGUUGUCUUGAAUACAUAAUAGAGCGGCUUUGUGGCACAAAGAUCUCCCAGUAUUCAACGGACUCAUUAGUGGAUUUGUCCACUUCUCUUAGUAAACGACCAGAUCCGGUCCUUCCAAAUGAAAUUUUCUCAAACGUUACUGCGACAUCUCCUUUCUCCAUCCAUUAUGAUUUUUUGCAUCCCCCUGCCGCCACGCCUGAUAUCAAUAACCUACAAUACAAUACGGAACCUAUCUUGUAUCCAGAAAGUCGACAACGGAAUGAUAACAACACCAAUCAUUAUCAAGAAGAAUAUGACAACACUGCAUCAAACGGUGAUUCUAACGAUCAGAAUGUCGACGAGAUUAUGAGACUCAUUGGAAAAAUAAAAGUAGAAAACGGAGAGUCUCGUUACAUUGGUGCUUCGGCUGGUGAAGCUUUUGUUGAUUCUGUUCAAAGCGAAAUACUCGCUGAUCCCUCCUUUUCUGACUUGAGCACUUAUUCACAUUCGCACCCUGUUUAUUCUCCUAAUGAGCAUGAUGUAAGUGCAGUUAAUCAAGGCCUAAAUCUUUUACCUCCCUCUGAAGUUGCUGAUUUCCUAAUAAAAACAUUUUAUCGCCAUGUUCAAGCAAACUUCUUCUUCUAUCAUGAAACACUUUUACGCUACCGACUGAAUAUCAUUAUGAAUUAUCAAAAUCCUUCAGUUGAUCCUGGUUUUCUUUGUUUAGUCAUGAUGAUCUUUGCUUUGGGAAGUCAAUUCGCUCACCUUGAGGUCCAAUCUGCAAGCACCUUACUCGACAAUCCUGGAAAACAGUUUUUUGAUACUGCUCGCCUUUUGCUUCCUCAAGUUAUCCUGCAAUGUAAACCUAGCCUUGUGCAGGUUUCUUUAUUAAUGGGCUUAUACCUUCAGUCAACACUUUCUCAAAAGAGCUCCUAUACUUAUUUUGGUCUUGCUCUUACCGCUGCCGUCGCCAACGGUUUACAUCGUAGUUGUGAAAAUCCCGAUAUCGACCCUAAAACAAAAGAACUCCGCAAUCGUUUAUGGUGGUCUGUAUAUACAAUGGACCGUUUAAUAAGCAUUGCCACUGGGAGGCCUCUUUCAAUUGCGGAUAGCGAAUGUGAUGCUGCUUUACCUACUGUUGUCCCAGAGCUCGAAAUUGAAGGUUCGGCUUCAAACGUUCAUAAUAUUAUAUCCAUGUCAAAAAUUGCUCAAAUCAUGGGAAAGACUAUGGAACAGCUAUAUGGAACUGUAAAUUACAAAAAGAAUCCGAUAACUAUUAUUGAAUCUUUACGAGCCGAUCUAAACGAUUGGAAGCAAUCUUUACCUUCUUUCCAGAUCCUUGAAAAUUUGGAUCCAAAAGACCCUUUAUUCCGUGCUAACGUUCAUCUUCACAUGACGUAUGAUCAAGCAAUAAUUAUUAUGUCUCGUCCUGUAUUGUUGCAUAAAAUGAAAAAUGCAAAGAACUCACCCAGAGUGAAUCGUAUCAACGAGGAUUGCAUUCUUGCAGCUCGACAUUUAAUUUCUCUUGUACAUUUACUUCAACAGCAUUCUCAGCUAUCUUGCUAUUCCUUUUUUGAUUAUAAUUAUACGUUUUCGAGUGCUCUCGUUGUUUUAUUACAUUGUGUAACUGAGCCUUGCCAAGAAGACGACAUUGCUAUGGAAUACGCAUACGCAGCUCUCGAUUACAUGGCAGAGGGCAAUGAUCCAGCAAAGAAUUGUGCUAGAAUUAUACGUUUAUUCGACACGCACUUGAAAGGCAUACGCUCAGCAGGAAAUAAUAAUUCUAGUCAAUCAGGAUUUAUGGCUUGGCAACGCUGGAUAGCCGAAGUUGCUUCUAAAAACAAUAAAGCCAACCAAGCGAAUUUUGUUGGUAAUUAUACACCCAGUGUAUCAACAGGUCGUUCCAGUGCGUCUUUGACCCCUGGGCCGACUCCCAUGCCCUCAGACAUGAGUUGGUUUUCUCUUCCCGAUGAUAAUUCUUUUUCAUUGGAUGCUAAUGACUUGGAUGAAUAUAUUCAAAAAGUUGGGGCUGCAUGGGAUGCGAACAAAACUACGCCUGAUCUCGCCAAUGACUCUUCAUUGUUAAGCUGGGCCAAUGCCGAUCAAGGAAUGGAUAUUGAGGGUAGCUGGCUGGGAAAUAUGCAUCCUUCUUGGUUGGAUUAUGUCUGUCCUUAA